CCCAAGUUGUUCUGUUCUUCUAGCUCAAAGGCAAGGAAUCAUCCCACCUCUCUCUCUCUCUCUCUCUCUAACUCUCUCUCUCUUCCCGUGACCGAUUUCGACCGUCUUCUUCGCGUUUCAAUCUCGCCGGCUCCUCUCCAAUGGCGGGUCACUGAAGCUUUGGAAAAUGCGGGAUCGAAGAAGAGGGUGCUUCUCGCGCGUCGCCCUCGCUCUGUUCGCGCUCUGUUUUCUCGACGCCGCCGCCGUCGUGAGGAAGAGGACCCUUUUCGCCGCCGCCGCCGCCGCCGCCGGCGGCACAGCGUUCGACUUCGGGACGCUGACGCUGAGCAGCCUCAAGCUCCUGGGCGACGCGCACCUCCUGAACGGCAGCGUGCGGCUCACUCGCGACCUCGCCGUCCCCAACUCCGGCGCCGGUAGGGCCCUCUUCUCUCAGCCCGUCCGCUUCCGGCAGCCCGGGGCCGGCGCCACCGCGAGCUUCUCCACCUUCUUCUCCUUCUCCGUCACCAACCUCAACCCGUCCUCCAUCGGCGGCGGCCUCGCCUUCCUCAUCUCCCCCGAUGCCGACUUCCUCGGCGGGGCCGGCGGGUUCCUCGGCCUCCUCGACGGCGCGUCCGCCCCCGCCUCCUUCGUGGCGGUGGAGUUCGACACGCUCAUGGACGUCGAGUUCAGGGACAUCAACGGCAACCACGUGGGCCUGGAUCUGAACACCAUGGUGUCGUCGCAGGUCGGCGACUUGGGCGCGAUCGACGUCGAUCUCAAGAGCGGCGACUUGAUCAACGCUUGGGUCGUCUUCGACGGGUCGAGCGGAUUCCUCAACGUGUCGGUCUCGUACUCGAAUCUGAAGCCGAAGGACCCGAUUCUGUCCAUGAAUCUCGAUCUCGCGCAGUACGUGAACGAAUUCAUGUACGUCGGCUUCUCCGGGUCGACGCAGGGGAGCACCGAGAUCCACAGCAUUGAGUGGUGGAGCUUCAGCUCCUCCUUCGAUUCGCCCUCGCAGCCGCCUCCGCCGGCGCCCACUGCUACUCUGAUGAACCCGACGGCGAGUUCCAGUACGUCGCCGCCGCCCUCGGCGGCCCCUUCGGGGUCCAAUGCUCCGCGGAAGGACAGCAACAAGGCGCCGUCUUCGUCCUGCCACAACCAGCUCUGCAAGCAAGGCCCCGGGGCCGUCGCCGGCGUGGUCACCGCCGGCGCCUUCUUCCUGGCUCUUUUCGCGGGGGCUCUCAUAUGGGUGUACUCCAAGAAAGUCAAGCAGCACAAGUCGGAGUCCCUCGCCGCGGACAUCAUCAAGAUGCCGAAGGAGUUCAGCUACCGGGAGCUGAAAUCCGCCACGAAGUGCUUCAACGCCAACCGGAUCAUCGGCCACGGCGCGUUCGGGACCGUCUACAAGGGCGUGCUGCCGGGGAACGGCGACAUUGUCGCGGUGAAGAGAUGUAGCCACAACACGCAGGGGAAGAACGAGUUCUUCUCCGAGCUAUCGAUCAUCGGCACGCUCCGGCACCGGAAUCUGGUCCGCCUCCAGGGUUGGUGCCACGAGAAGGGUGAAAUUCUAUUGGUGUACGAUCUAAUGCCGAACGGUAGCUUAGACAAGGCGCUGUUCGAGGCGAGGAUGCCCUUGCCGUGGGCGCACCGGCGGAAGAUCUUACUAGGAGUGGCCUCGGCGCUGGCCUACUUGCAUCAAGAGUGCGAAAAUCAAGUGAUCCAUAGAGAUGUCAAGACCAGCAACAUAAUGUUGGAUGAAGCGUUCAAUGCCAAGUUAGGGGAUUUCGGACUAGCCAGGCAAGUCGAGCACAACAAGUCACCGGAUGCCACGGUGGCGGCCGGGACGAUGGGCUACUUGGCGCCGGAGUAUCUCUUGACCGGGAGAGCUAGUGAGAAGACCGAUGUGUUCAGCUACGGGGCGGUGGUCCUCGAAGUGGCCAGCGGGCGGAGGCCGAUCGAGAAGGACACCAACGGGGCGGGCAAGGCGGCCGGCAAGAACAGCAACUUGGUGGAGUGGGUUUGGAGCUUGCACAGGGAAGGGAAGCUACUGACGGCGGCCGAUCCGAGGCUCAACGGGGAGUUCGACGAGGGCGAGAUGUUGCGGGUGCUGCUGGUCGGGCUGGCCUGCUCGCAACCCGACCCGUCGGUUCGGCCUACGAUGCGGAGCGCGGUCCAGAUGCUGGUGGGCGAGGCCGAGGUGCCCAUCGUCCCGAGAACCCGACCUUCCAUGACCUUCAGCACCUCGGACCUCCUGUUGACCUUGCAAGACAGCGUCUCGGACUGCAACGACAUGGUCGUCAUCUCGACAUCGUCCUCGGACAGCGAUUACCCCGGCAAUGAGAUUGUUUGAUGGAUUGAGUUCGGAACGGCGAUCGAUCGGAUUCCACAUAUUUUUCGACUCGGUACAUAUAACAUUAUAUAUUCGAUUCAUUUGUUCAUGUAGUAGUAGAACAUAUUAAACAUGUAACAUGAGGAUAAUCUAUUUAGGGGUGUCUUGAAAGGUUCGUGUUUUUGCCACUCUUUCUUAGUGAGAGGGAAGUGCUGUAGUCCCAAGUUGGUGCACAUAGAAAUGGGUGGCAGUCAUUUUCUUUUUUUUGUCUUUUGUAUUUUUUUUUUUUUUGUAUUUUUUUUGGGUUUUGGCCAUUUUGUUUUGGGGGUAUUGAAGGAUGACGGGUUUUGUUUAUUGUGGGAGAGGUGGUGGGCUGUUGCUUUCACAAGCGAUGAUGCUACUCCCCAUAAGGUCAAAAGAGGACGAUGAGUAGAGGUCCGGUAAAGUAUAGUGACAAAAGCAGAGAACUCAAUUACUACCUUUCUUUCUUUUUUAGUUUUCUUGGGUUUUCAUAUUGUGGCUGGUAGAGAGGGAAAGGAAACCAAUGAAGUCAAAUGAAUGGACAAAUUUUCCUCUAUCAUGCUGCUAAUUUAUAAUUAUCCUUUAGUUUAUACCUCUUGGAUGUGGUUUUAUCUCAUGGAUGAGUUGUCAUGUUGUGGCAAUUGCCCAUUAAAUAAACGUCAUUUUCGAUCGA